ACGAGUCCGCGACCCGGCUACGUUGCCGGAAUCCCAAUCGCGGGGUUGAAAUGUGGGGACCCGCAUUGCCCCACGUGCCGAGGCAAUCAACCCUUCCUCACGCUUCCCACAACACCACCGACCACGCCAAACAAAUAAAAUACAGAAUAGAUGGACGCCCAAACCGCAAACGGCACCAAUAGCGUGUCUGCCGAGCCGCGCAAGCUAUGGAAGCACCCCUCUCCGCGCUCCACCAAGAUGUGGGCGUUCCUGCAGCACAUCAACCAGAAGUACGGCUUGCAGCUGCAGACCUACAAGGAGCUGCACGCCUGGAGCAUAGAGCACAUAGACGCGUUCUGGAGCGAAGUGUGGCACUUCGUCGGGAUCAAAGCAUCUCAGCUGUUCCAAGAGGCCGUUGACGCCCGCGCCCCCAUGUUCCCGCGCCCCCCUUUCUUUCGCGGCGCGACCCUCAACUUCGCAGAAAACCUGCUAUUCCCAGCAGGCGUGACUAUCGACCCGGCCAGCGUGGCCUUAAUCAGCGCCACCGAAACCGGGCGGGAAAGCGUAACCUGGGGCUCCUUGCGGGCACGGGUGCAGCACUGCCAGCAAGGCAUGCAGUCCGCGGGGGUGCAGCCGGGCGACCGCGUAGCCGGCUACGUUGCGAACCACGCGGGCGCGCUCGUCGCGAUGCUGGCUGCUGCGUCGCUGGGCGCGCUGUGGACGGCCGUGAGCCCCGACACCGGCGUGCAUGCUGUGCUGGAGCGCUUGACGCAGAUCGAGCCCGUGCUGCUGUUUGCUGAUAACGCGGCGUUUUAUAAUGGCCGUGCCCAUCCUGUGUUGCCAAAGCUGGUGGAGAUUGCGGCGGCGUUGCCAAGCUUGCGCGCUGUGGUUGUGCUGCCUACUGUUGCUGGUGUGGAGGUCGAUUUGGCUGCUGUUAAGGUCCCGGGAGGGAAGGCGUGCUCAUAUGCUGAGUUUACGGUGGCGGGUGUUUCUGGUGGUAGGAGUUCUGAGCUUACAUUCAAGCAACUGCCGCCCGACCAUCCGGUCUAUAUCCUCUACAGUAGCGGAACGACUGGCGCGCCAAAAUGUAUCGUUCAUGGUGCGAUAGGUACUCUGAUCCAGCACAAGAAGGAGCAUGUCCUUCACUGCUCGAUAGGCCCUGGCUCUCGCCUUUUCUACUACACCACCUGUACGUGGAUGAUGUGGCACUGGAUGAUCUCAGGUCUCGCCACUGGUGCCACAUUGGUCCUAUACGACGGCUCUCCCUUCCGCUACAUGUCUUCGAGCGAGCCCGGCACAUCCGUUCCGGACGACCUUGCCAUGCCGCGCCUGAUAGACGAGGUUGGGAUAACGCACUUCGGCACUUCAGCCAAAUAUCUCUCAGUGCUUGAGCAGAAGAACGUCAGACCACUAGAAGGGCUCUCUUUAAAGACUCUCGAAGCAAUCUACAGCACGGGGUCUCCCCUCGCACCGUCCACUUUCGAAUACGUCUACGAGGCCUUCCCAUCUACCAUCAACCUCGGCAGCAUCACCGGCGGCACAGACAUCAUCUCCCUGUUCGGGGCGCCCUGCCCCCUCACGCCCGUAUACUCCGGCGAGAUCCAAGUCGUCGGACUAGGCAUGGCUAUCCGCGCCUGGGACUACCAGGGCAACGACAUCAGCGACACAGGCGAAGCUGGCGAUCUCGUCUGCGUGAAAUCGUUCCCAUGCCAACCGGUGCAGUUUUGGGGUGUGGAUGGUGAGACAAAGUACCGCAAAAGCUACUUCGCACAGUACACUAGCGGCGCGCCAGUGUGGCACCAUGGCGACUUCGUGCGGAUCAACCCGCGCACGAGCGGGCUAAUCAUGCUGGGGCGCAGUGACGGCGUGCUGAAGCCCGCGGGCGUGCGCUUCGGCAGUGCGGAGAUCUACAACGUGCUGCUUCAGAGGUUCCCAGAACAAGUCGCUGACGCGCUAUGCGUGGGGCGGAGGCGCGAGACGGAUACGGACGAGUCGGUUGUGCUGUUUGUGAAGAUGGCUGAGGGUGUGGCGUUUGGCGCACACCUGGUCGAUGCGAUUAAGGCGGCGGUGAGGGGCGCGUUGAGCGCGCGACAUGUCCCUGCGAAGGUGGAUGCGUGCCCGGAUAUCCCGGUUACGGUUAAUGGGAAGAAGGUCGAGGCGGCCGUGAAGCAGAUCUUGUGUGGGUUUAAUGUUAAGACUUCGGCGGCGGUGGCGAAUUCGGAGUGCUUGGAUUGGUAUCGGGAGUGGGCAAGGAUGAAUUAGAGAUGGAUAGACCAUGUUUCUCCUAGAUAGAUGGACUCAAUCGUAGUUUCCUCGUCUGUG